AUGGCUCACGAGAACGGCGUAAACGGCGAUACCGAUUCCGAAACGGUGGAAUUGAAUUCCCUGAGAAGAACCAGAUUCCACGUAAAUCGAGUAGACAGUCUGGAAGGUCGUGCCAGCCUUCUUGGCGAACAGGAAACGAGAAAGUCUCUUAGGCACAUGACGAGGGAGGCUCUUCCUAGACUGGAUAAUUAUAGAAACAUUAUGAGUAUUCAGGCUGCUCAUAGACCGUCUUUGGACGAGCUUCACAAUCCCACUCUGCUUAACAAGGACCCAGGCUCGCAUAUAUUACAAAUAGCACAGGUGAAAUCAUCGAUUUCCGGUAUAAAAUUCGGAUGGAUUCAAGGAGUCUUAUUGAGAUGUCUUCUGAAUAUUUGGGGGGUGAUGCUCUUUCUACGACUCUCUUGGGUCGUAGCACAAGCUGGCAUAGGGGAAGCUAUUUUAUUGAUUUCAAUAACGACAGCUGUAACCACAAUAACAUCUUUAUCGAUGUCGGCGAUUAGCACAAAUGGGCUCAUUAAAGGAGGUGGCACGUAUUACAUGAUUUCCAGAUCACUGGGACCCGAAUUCGGAGGUUCUAUAGGACUUAUAUUUUCUUUGGCGAAUGCAGUCGCUUGCUCCAUGUACGUUGUUGGAUUCUGUGAAAGUAUGGUUGACUGUUUAAAAGCGAAUGGGAUUUGUAUCGUUGAUUGCGACAAUACAGACAUCAGAAUUAUAGGUUGUAUCACGAUAGUUCUGUUGCUGUUGAUCGUUAUGUUCGGUUUGGAAUGGGAGGCGAAGGCUCAGAUUGGUUUGCUGAUUAUUUUGCUCUUAGCUAUCGCAGAUUUCAUGAUUGGCACCAUCAUUGGACCUAAAAACGAUCAGGAACGGGCCAAAGGAUUUAUAGGAUACAACGCUGAUCUAUUUAAAGAGAACUUUUAUUCGGACUACAGAUACAGCGAAGGGAUGGAACACAACUUUUUUUCAGUUUUGGCUAUUUUCUUUCCUGCGGCUACGGGUAUCCUGGCAGGUGCGAAUAUAUCCGGUGAUUUGAAGGAUCCACAAACAGCUAUUCCUAAAGGAACACUGUUGGCUAUUCUUUUAACAACUAUAUCUUACCUCUUUAUGGCGCUUAUGGUGGGCGGCACAGUUAUGCGAGACGCGUCUGGUGAUAUUAAUGACUUGUGGAACAUUUUCAAUAGUUCAUAUACUGCCUUAUCGAGUUUGAAUGCGACUAAUGAAACAACUGAGUCCCCAAUUGCUACCUUAAAUACUAGCGAAAUAGUAUGGAGCAUGUAUGGCACAAAAUUUAAUUGUACAGGACAUUGUCUUUAUGGUAGUCAUAAUAGUUUUCAGGCGAUUGAAUUGGUUUCUGUAUUUGGACCAUUUAUUUAUGCUGGAUGCUUUGCAGCUACUUUAUCAAGUGCCUUAGCAUCACUAGUUUCUGCACCUAAAGUAUUUCAGGCACUUUGUCUUGAUAAAUUGUAUCCUGGAAUAGAGUGGUUUAGUGGUGAUAAAGACAAAGAGCCAAUUCGUGGUUACUUUCUUACAUUUAUAAUUGCUGUUGGUUUCAUUUUAAUCGGAGAAUUGAAUGCCAUAGCUCCGUUGAUCUCAAAUUUCUUUUUGGCUGCCUAUACUCUUGUUAACUUUAGCACGUUUCAUGCUUCAUUGGCUAAACCAAUCGGUUGGAGACCAACGUUUAAGUAUUAUAAUAUGUGGCUAAGUCUUGCUGGUGCUAUUCUCUGUGUUUCUGUGAUGUUCUUGAUCUCAUGGUGGACAGCGCUAAUCACGUUAUUCGUAGUUUUAGCACUUUAUUUAGUAGUCUCGUACAGAAAACCAGAUGUUAAUUGGGGUUCUACGACACAAGCUCAGACAUAUAAUAACGCCUUAAACGCUGUUCAGCAGUUAGAUAGAGUUGAAGAACACGUUAAAAACUACAGACCUCAACUGCUAGUACUCAGUGGUACUCCAAGUACAAGAUCAGCGCUCAUUGACUUUGCACAUUAUAUUACUAAAAAUAAUAGCUUAUUUAUUUGUGGGCAUAUUAUCGAGUCACCAAUUUCAUAUAAGACGCGCAAUUCCAUGACCGUGAACUGUACUUCGUGGUUUAGAGCGAAUAAAAUUAAGGCAUUUUAUUCCAUGGUGGAUGGUGCAAAUUUUCAAGACGGCACUACUUCUCUUUUGCAAGCCGCUGGCUUGGGAAAGAUGAGGCCCAAUAUUUUGUUAAUGGGCUACAAACAAGACUGGGCGACUUGUCCUCGAGAAAAUUUGAAUAUGUACUUUAAUGUAAUGCACAAAGCUUUGGACAUGCAUAUAGCAGUAGCACUUCUUCGAAUAAGCGAGGGUUUAGAUUGUAGCACGGUUGUAGGAGAUGCUGAAGAAGAAAAGAAAAAUGCGCAAACAAUUCCAGGAAAUCAAAGCUUUUCCCAACUUAGCCAAGCUAGUAGUACGUCAGAUAUUUCUAUUCCUGGGAGUCCAGCUCCAAGAAGGUCCAAACUAAUUAACGAAUAUCCUAAUCCAACUGCGCAAGGUCAACGCGAAAAUCAACAGAAUUUUCUACCGGUAGCAAAAGAUAUACUUAGUACCGCAACAAAAUUUCAACGUAAGCAAAAAAAGGGUACGAUAGAUGUAUGGUGGUUGUACGAUGAUGGUGGUUUAACCCUUCUGCUACCCUAUAUAAUCAGUACAAGACGUAAUUGGUCUAAUAGUAAGUUAAGAGUUUUCGCUCUUGCAAAUAAAAACUCAGAGCUCGAAUAUGAGCAAAGAAAUAUGGCAAGUCUUUUAUCGAAAUUCAGGAUAGAUUACUCUGCCUUAAACGUGAUACCAGAUAUUUCAAAACCAGCUCAGGAUACUACCAAAAAUUUCUUUAAUACACUAAUAGCAAAUUUUCAAGAAACAGAAAAUACAAAAACAGACGAUGAUAUCAUUAAAGAUUCUGAAUUAACCGCUAUGAAUGAGAAAACAAAUCGGCAUUUACGUUUAAGAGAAUUAUUACUUGAAAAUUCAAUGGAAGCUAAUUUAGUAGUUAUGACAUUGCCAAUGCCUCGAAAGGGUGCUGUAUCAGCACCUCUUUAUAUGGCUUGGCUUGAAACUUUAACACGCGACAUGCCACCAUUUUUGCUUGUUCGAGGCAAUCAUACAUCCGUCUUAACUUUUUAUUCUUAAUAAGGG